CUGGUUUCAACGCUCUGAACGAAGCCUAAUCCCGGAACAGGAACGCGGCCAGGACCAAAAGGCAUAUGGUUCGCAAUAAUAGGUCGCAGAAAGCCAUGGCAUUGCUUGGCCAACACGAAGCCCCUUUUAAGGGACGGUUCAAAUACUAGCAAUGUGCCAGCUCAUGAUGGAGAUCGCGUCUCUGAGUGCACACCACCAAAGUCUGGAAUUUCCAUCUCCCACUCAACGUGGCCAUGAGGUGUUCUGGAUGAUGUAUCGCGCUUUUUGCUAUUGCGUGGUUGCCAACUUUCUGCUUUUGCUCACUUGUGUCUCUCCCAACGUCAAAGACCUCGCCCUCUAUCGCGUCAACGUCACCCGUCUGGCCAAGGACCUGCACAGUCAAGUGUUGGACAAAACAGAAGAUACCUCGCCGAAAGAUCUUCUUCACCCAAAUUUACAACUAAUUGGUUUUUGUCGACGGAGGUUCUUGCCAACGCAAGAUAUCCUGACACUUGUCGAGCACUCCUUGACAAGCGGAACUGAUGAUGGCACCCAAGAUGAAACCAUCAGCAAGCUCUUGACGACAUGGAACAGCACACUGACCCAACUCGACUCCCCUGAACAGCAUGAUAGGGCAGCAAAAUUCGCUGCUAUGACCAAAGCUGGCGUCACCAUCAUCAUUGUCGUCAUCAUCUUGGAUAUCUUGCUGCUUGGUCCAUCGCUUUGGUGGUCUUCGAGCAAAAAGCGUCUGCCCCGUGUUUUCUAUCUCAUCUCCGCUGUCUACGGGAUGAUAGCGAUGGGGCGUGGAUUGUGGUGGCGGUCGCGUUGCCUCAUGGUUUUCACGUGGCGGUCAUCGCAAAAGAAACUGUGGUGA